GUUGGCUCAAGUCAGCUGCAGUCCUGCUUCGCGACUUGCCUUCGAUAUGCGUGGCCUUCUCUCUCUCUCUCUCGACAUUUUGCGAUGGCUGACGCUGGUCCUGACCUGUCCAGUCCCCUGUCCAAACGUCGCCGAGUUCGUGAAAAGGAGCUGAAGCGCAGGCUGUGGAAGAGGACCUGUUGGCAGUACGUUGACGAGGACGCUGACAGCGACAAGAAGCUCAUGGAGGACGAGACGAGGUUCGCGGAGAACUUGGCCGUUGGUUCACUGGAGCAGACCCCCCGGGAGGCCACCCUGAGGUGGGCUCGGGGGAAGGUUCUGAUAGAGGAGGGGUUGAGGUUGCAGACGUGAUGGUUCCGUUUUCUAUCUUCGAGGAUGCUGUUGAAAGCGUUAGCGCCGCUGCUGCUGAGCUCGCCGACUCAAGGACAGCUGCCAAGAUGGAGGAAGUCACGGAGAGCACGAAAAAAAGCUUGGACGACGCGAGCGACGUUAUCAUAGCAUAUUGUGCAUGGACGUUGAUGAGCUGACGCAGUGCAAGAGGUCGAAUGAUCCGUUUGGUGCCCGGCAUGUGGCAUCCCAGAGGCAGCUGCACCAACAGGACGAACACAUCUUUGAAUUCUUCACAAUGUGAGAUGUCUCGUUGCGUUGGCUUUGGCGAGUCCUUGAAGGAUGGGUUGGCGGACGGCGAGGAGAGCGAGCCCCUGGACGAUGAGAUGGCCGAUGGUGAAGAAGGCGGCUCCUGGUCGUGGAGAGGCGCGUUCAGCUCUACACGGGAGGACGGCGGUGAGAGCGAUGACGGGCACCCACAUGUUCCCUUGUACGGACGCUGCCGCAUCUGUUGCACCAUUGGCAUUGCCAUGUCGAUCGGUGCCUUUCGCACACUCGCGAUAAGCAGGCGGAGUGUCCAAAUAUCGUCAUCAUCGUCGUCGCAGUCGUCGUGAACUCGUCAAACUCCAGCUCCCGAUGAACAAUUUCAGCCUCCGCCAGGAUAUUAUGGCUUCGUUCCGCUCCGAGGGCGUGGGCAAAGUGUUGGCAGGCGUCGCCCCACCAGGCUGGCUCGAGGAGGGACUGGGGACGUGGGUAGAGACACUCCAGCAGAAGUGAAUGAGCGCCGCCCUGUUGUUUCCGUGCGCGGCCAAUCUCUCCCGCCUAGCACUUCCAGUUGCACAGUCCGCUCAGGAGCGGAGGCCCGCAGACAUCCGAAGUUCCUUUUUUUUCUUGAGGCCACCUUCUCGUGCUUGCUCAGAGCCAGCCAGUGUCAACACACAGCGCCGAUUGUUUCGCGCACACCCGACUGCCAGCCAGUUUGAAGCUGACGUAGCCGUAGCCGAGCCAAGCAGGGCGCGCAACAAAUGCCCCGAUGAAGUAUCAAAUGCGGUGGCCGAGCUCGAUCACGCAGUUCCUAGGCCCUCUUUGCAUCAGCCGAGGUUGAGCACGCAGCAGGUUUGCCGCUCGCCGUAUCCCCCUGCACCCGCGUGGCGCGCCCCAGAGAGGCGAGUAAGGGCAACCGUGCCCUGCGACGGGGAUCUGUUCAACGCAGUUCGCUCGCAUAAGGUCCACAGACUAUUGCAAUGUGGAUUUGUGCUUCCCCCAGGGCCGAUGGAAGAAUCAA